GUGAACAGCACUUGCCCCAAAAUCCUGUUCAGGCUAUACGGGUGAUCUUUGGCUCUGUGUAUGUAACAUCACUUGGAUGGUGAGCGGUGGCGCAGUGGUUAGCGCGCACUGCGCUUAUGAACCCGGCGAUCCGAGUUCGAUUCCUGCUCACGACCGAUAACAGUGGCGAAUAUUUGAACCGAUCCUGAACUUCUGCCCAGGUCGAUUCAGGGGAGACAAAGGCGGCCGGGCGUGGCGUUGCCCACACCCCCCCCCAUACCCCACCGCUCGCGUGCCCGUUGGCAGCCUUCCCCUCGUAGCUUGCUCACUUGAACACAGCACUUGCCCCAACAGUCUGCCGAAGCCUACACGGGGGGCCUUUGUCUUUUGUGAAAUCACUUCAGGUGGGACGAGACGAGGUGCAUUUCACAGUCAAUGCUGGCUGCUGAAAGUUUUCUGGGUGGUAGUGGUGGUGGGUGGGGGUGGGGAGGUUAUCUUGAUUUCUGAAUAAAUGGUCGAGGGUGGUGGUAGUGGUGUCUGCGAUGGUGCGGUGAUAAUACCCAGGGGAUGCAUUGUUCAUCUGCACUCGUUCUCGCGAGCAGGUAUCCCCCCCGGGGUUGUGAGUGAUUUAUCCCCACGAUAGAGCCUCCUGCCCGCAUACUUCCCGGGUAAUUUGUUGGUACUGCCAGCGUGGAAGCUGUUAAGUUCUUGUAAUUUUUUAUAUAUUCAGUGCCCUGGGUCUCCUUGUUAUGUGUUUGUGUACGGACUCACGUAAUGCAUGUAUUCAUAAAACCUAAACAACGCGUAAUGUAAUACAACACACAUUUCUUUAUCGCGUUUGUGUAUACAUGUGCUACAUACACACACACAUUAAUGCAUGCACAUACUUUGUACUCACACAUUCCAACUACGUAUUUGUUCAUACAUACAGAUUGCACGUACGCUGCACGUGCAUGCCAAUUCGCUUUCAUGUUCUUCCACACGCAAUGGUCAGCACGACUGUUAUCCCAUACGGUUUACAACCCCGUAUCUUGUACAGGGAAAUUGAGUUUUGAGGUCCAUACGGCGCGUACAGCCGUUUCAAUACGGCCGGUACAUUAUUAUUCAUUCGUUUAAUAUGCACAUCAGCUACGUGGCACUGUGGUUACGAUGCUUGACUCGUACUCAUAAUGUGACGGGUUUAAAUUCUGGUUUAUGGAUUACACGGUCGAUAAUAUCUGUUGAAACAAUCAAAUGUGUACCACGUUGAGGACAGUCACCAGUGAUUGUCCCCUUGAGGGGCUGGUCUCUUGCCAUGGAAUGUGGAAUUUCCACCACCGGCUCAGUUGCCAAUGGAGAUAUUGGCUCAUUGGAGUAGGAAGACAACACUUUGAUUACUCUACGGACUUUAUACAAACUCGGGCGGUCGUCAGUAAUUCUCAUGACACCACUAAAUCAUGGCAACGAUGAAUAACUUCACGGAACGGAAUUUAUUGAAAUACGCUCAUUCUUGAAUUUGGUAGCAGGAGGAAAAAUGUUUUGGCCAAUAUUGACCAUUUAUCUUCAAUGUGAAUAUAUACAGUACGUGUUGAAUUUCUUUCGCAGCGUACGUAGCCAACCGCGCCUCUCAGAUACAAGAAAAAAGUUCCCUGGUUUUCGAUUCCCGACUCGUGUGCCUUCUGUUUGUGGAGUUUAUAAGGUGUUCCCCCCCUGUUCUGCAUGGGUUUCCUCCCAUAGGAAAAUAAAAAAAAACAUUAAAUGUAACUGGUAUUGAUCCAAACAUCCCAGUGCUGCAAAAUACUAUUUUUUUAGGGGGAUUGCACACAAUAGCAACAUCGCCCCCUAUUGCGACAAUUUAGCAGGACCCUCCUGAAAAAGAGUUUGGGGCACAGUGCGGCUUCCCUGGCUAGAAACAGCGUAAGAGUAAUAAUAACAAUAAUUAAUUGAGACCACUGACUAACCGUUUCCAAGCAGCCAAGUGAGAUUUUUUGUUCAUAGCUGGUAUAACCACACAAAUCCAGACAUCACCGUACACUUAUAAAUUACAUCCAUCUCACAGGAUAUGACUGAUGGGGGUAUUACUAGAAUGUAUUCAAUGCAAAAACACACGGUACAACCAGAAAAAAAUACAUCAGAGAGCUACACAGCACGACUGCAAGAGACACUGAGAGGCUCAUGCAUCCAUACGUUAACAGCACACGCGCUUGUAAGUAAAAUAUACCAAAUUAGACUUAUUGCCAAGUGUGGCUCACCCCGUGUGAUCCCAGACUCACCAUGCAUGCUCCAGUAUUUGCCCGUCACUCAUGGCAGCAGAGAUGCAUAAGUAAUUAGCGUAGAGAUUGUAUACGUUGUCAUUGCUGUUAAAUAUUCAUUUCUCUGAGCUCAGGCGCUGGACGAUCUUUCUCGUGUGAAAUCAGCGUAAUUUUCGACACGCUUUGUUUUGCUUGUUUUAUUUUUCUAAAUCAAUAUUGCCCAAGGUGGGAAAAAACUCCCUCCGGAAAGUGCUCUUGCACUGUCUGAAGUGCAGUGCUACUACAGAGGACAUGCGAUUUGUGUGCUGUGUGUCAUGGAGCCAAACCAUCACAUGCUGGGUGACAUGCUGGGUGACACGCGUACCAGGCAGGCCCUUAGGCCAGUGGACCUUCUAGGAACAUGGUGCAGUGAAUCCUCUAACCGCCUCUCUGCCUCCCAUCAACUCACUUGGACUUUCUUCGGUGCCACAGUUGUACGGAGAUCCUGGCUCGUGGGGGCUCAUGGGGGGAGAACCUGUUUGCAAGGCCGUCUUCUGGGCUGAGUAGAUCCUGAGGGUAAUGAUCACCACAGAUGGCCUCCCUGUUCAGAUGGGAGGCGUGUGUGCCCCGAAGGAUUAUGGUCCAAGGCCAGGGCCAGCACAGUCGGCUGAGAUUCUCUAACCACAAAUUGGUUGGAACUCAAGAAAGUCAAUCUAGUACUGCGCACUCCCGACCGGUUUCUAUGAAGGUGACUCGUGAUGGUGAGAUUGUCCAAGGUGAUGGCGUUGGCUGAAAUCGGCAGACAAGGCUCCCCUCAUCUCCCCCAUCUCAUGAGGAAAGACCAGCUUCUUCCAGACUAAGCAGAGUCUACUCUGAGCAGCCUGUGACAGCAAGGCACAUUGCAGGAACCUCAGUCGCAGUGCAGGCUUGGUACCCAGGCAAUGACUCAACCCUCGCAUGGGUGAGAUCCGGUUGGUUUUGGGUUCCAAUGCUGGUCUCUCAUGAAUUUCUCUCACUUCAGUGUUAGUGCGGUGGCAUGGAUGGCCAAGCUGUAGCGCAUGUUUGUCGCUUGUCUCAGGGACAAGCAGCUGCCCUGGCUAAUACGAUGCACGUAUUAACCGUCUGCAGGCCGUUUCAGCGUUCAACGCCCAUGUGCAGCUGCCAGCAGGGGAGUCUCCCCCCCCCCCCCGACGCAAGACACCUCCAGAUGCACUGCAUGGGAGGCGCGGUAUCAAUAUGGAAUCGUGAUGGUGAUGAUGCUGAGAGUUAUUCUGGUGGCUGUAGUGAUGCGGGAGGUGGCGAGUGUGCACGAUUGAACGCACGUGCUGAUUUCCACAAUCCGGAUCGCCACCUGCCGGGAACGUCUAGAUUUAACGUCUAAAACGUAGACCUUUCACCAAGAACUCCGCUGCAAGAAACGGUACAAACAGCAGCCACUUCCCAGCAACGAUCUGCCCCGGCUCCCAACAGACGGCAGAGCCUUGGAAAUGCAGCACAGGGACAUUGCCGCGUACUCGCUGGGACCUAUGCGGCACAGCAGACAUUGGGAAACGAAGUCCGUGAAUAAAACACUUUGAAGCCUGGCCCGAAGGCCCGAAGGUUCCUCUUGCACUCGGGUAGAGUGUUAUUUAUCCGAGGUGAAUGAAACACGUUGGCCGUGGGAGAGGAGAGAGAAGCUGCCUGCUGCUGCUGCUGCCCUGUAAAGUGUUUUGCGCAAGGUCUAUUGUCUUUCACAAAGUUUGUUUGCGUUCCAUAUGCACUGCUUGUGUGCACGUCUCCGUGCAGUGCAAUGCCGCAACGUACUGAGAUCUUCAUUGCGUCCGGCUGCCUUGGAAGUGCCUUUUGAGGCGUCCGUCUACACAAUCGUUAAAACUUAGUCGCGUAUUUAACAAAAAUUUCAGUCCUGGGGAAAAUGACGGAACAUUUAAAAAUGUCAAAAAGUAGUCUAGAUUUAAAUAGGGCCUGAGCUUGACAAUCUAAAAAUCCACGUGCUCAAUUCUGUCUUGGUCUUCACUGCUGGCAUUAUUUUUAAUCAUCAAAACAUAAAAAAAUCAUCACCGACGACAGUCCAAAUUUAGAUACGAUUUGACGCAAAUUAACGUUCGAUACCAACAAAACGCGCACGCACGUACGUACGUACGCUGAACUUAUUUCACACCGCACAUAGCCAACCGCGCUAAUCGGAGGUGCGGCACCGUUUGCCCGGCAGCUGACAACACGAGACAAAAGUAGAAAGUAACGAUCGACACGAUUCGCCGGUGGAAGGUUUCUCUCGGCACCGCGCACCCAUAGCGCAUGGAAGCGGAACGAGGGGUGACCGAUCGCACGACAAACGCAAUGGAGAAGAUCCGCCUGCUGCUGCUCACCGCGCUGGCGUGCGGCCUGGAGAUCUGCGUGGCGGCUGGAGUGACCUACGUGCCACCGCUGCUGCUGGAAGCGGGCGUGGAGGAGCGCUACAUGACCAUGGUGCUUGGCAUCGGGCCUGUUCUGGCCCUUGUGUUCGUGCCGUUUAUCAGCUCGGCGAGCGACAACUGGAGCGGCGGAUGUGGCCGGCGCAAGCCGUUCAUCCUGGCGCUGAGCCUGGGCGUGGUGCUGGGCCUGCUUAUCAUCUCCUACUCGGCCAGCAUCGCGCACCACUUCCAGAGCGAGCACGCCUUCAAGGUCGGCCUGAUGAUCGUGGGCGUGGGGCUGCUGGACUUCUGCGGGCAGUCGUGCUUCACGCCCCUCGAGGCGCUGGUGGCGGACACGCUGCGCGAACCCGAGCGCUGCGUGCACGCCUACGCCAUGUACUCCUUGAUGACGAGCGCCGGCGGCUGCGUGGGCUACCUCCUGCCCACCGUCGACUGGAGCGGCACCGACCUGGCUCGCCGGCUCGGGGGGCAGGGCCAGUGCCUCUUCGCCAUCCUCAUCGCCGUGUUCCUCGUCAGCCUCGCCGUCACCAUGUGGCAGGCCCGAGAUCUGGCGGCGCCGUCCGCGAAGGCCGGGGGAGGGCAGGCGGCGGCGGCGGCUGCGGCGGCGGCGUUGGUGCCGCACGGCCGAGCUGCCGUGGGUCACCACUCCGACGUGCCGCUGGCCAGCUCCGUUGGGGCCGGGGCGGCGUCGGGCGGCGGGGGCAGGAGGGAGGUGGUGGAGGUGGUCGUAGUUACGCAGAGUGGAGGCGCGCGAUGCUGCAGGGGGUGUGCGGAGCGCGCCGGCGCGGGCUGGCGGGCGGCCCAGCACAGCGGCGCCGCGUGGUGGCUCCGGGGCGGCAUCGUCUCGUUCCUCGUGCCGGACGUCUACCGCAGCUUCCUGCGGAUGCCGCACGUGCUGCUGCGCCUGUGCUUCGCGCAGCUGUCCUCGUGGAUGUCCAUCAUGACCUUCAUGCUCUUCUACACGGACUUCAUGGGCGAGGGCCUCUACGGCGGAGUUCCCAACGCCGAGGCCGGCUCCCCGGGACGCCUGCUCUACGACGAAGGGGUGCGCAUGGGCAGCUGGGGCCUCUUCCUGCAGUGCUGCAUGUCGACCGUGUGCUCGGUGGGCAUGGACCGCCUGGUGACUUCGCUGGGCGGCCGCGGGGUCUACCUGGCCAGCAUGGGCUCCUUCACGCUCGCCAUGCUCGUCAUGUGCCUGUCGGACAGCGUGGCGCUCGUCACCGCCAUGACGGCGCUCACGGGCUUUGGAUGCUCCAUGCUGCACACGCUGCCCUACACGCUCACCGCCCUCUACCACCAGGAGCGGGAGGCCUUCAUGUUCCACAAGGCGAAGAGCGACGCGGACGCCCAGCGCUCUGAGAAACCCCACGGGCGGGAGUCGACGGCACUGAGCGCGCACGCCCACAAGUCCCACAACGGGGGCCCCGUCCUCGCCGAUCGGCCGAGCGCGAGGACGACGCCGCAGCAGCAGCAGCAGCAGCCGCAGCAGCAGCAGCAGCCGCCCGCCUCCCAGCACGCGACGGACCACGGCAGGCGCGGCAUCUGCAUGGACAUGGCCAUCCUGGACAGCAUGCUAUUCCUGUCGCAGGUGGUGCCCUCCCUGUGCAUGGGCGCCAUCGUGGAGACGUGCGGCUCCGUCCAGGCGUACGUCGUGUGCGCCGCCGUCCUGGGACUCGCUUCGCUCUACCUGGGUACGCGCGUCAUCUUCACCAAGGCGGACCUUGAACACAUCCGACAUUUGCUGUGAGCGCUCGUUUACACCGGUGCGGUUGUUUUUUUUUUUGUUAUUUGACUUGCGGCCUGACCCAGCGAAGCUGCGGUUCGAGCGCUGCAAGAGGAGUUGGGGAGAAGCGGAGGCUGCGGGUUUCUAUGUCACUCGGCCCAGCAUCGUCCAUCCCGGGUCACGGGAGUGUGGAAUGGCCGAUGGUGGGCCCACACAGCCAAGCAGAGAGAUGCACACCGCCCAGUGCUCGUUUUACCAGAGGGACACUUUCACUUUUUAUUUUUUUUAUUUAUUGCUAUAAUUGUUGGCCGCGAAGGAACGGUGGGUUUCCGUUUGCGCAGACGCAACAGAAACUCGACAACGUAAAUCAUUGAGUUAUUUUUUGUUAGUUAUUUACUCGUUCGAGAUUUGUUUCCGUGCGAGAUGGAAAAAAAAAACAAUAAUCUUUCUCAUCUCUGAAAUGACACGCAGGACCACGUGCAAUGAUGUAACUCGUAAAGAAAGGGCACAUUACCGUGAGCGUGUGUUAAAAUGUUUGCGUGCGGUAUUUUCCCAUUUUUUUUUAGUUUUCCUUUGCACCUGCAAAUGUAUUUACACCCAAGAAACGGCAACGCAGUUUACAUGUAAACGCGAGAAAUCUGGCGCCUUUUCCUCUCGGUUUUACUCUGCUUCGUGAAGAAGUGCACUUAUUUAAUGUUUGCCAUGAUCGGCACUAAACAAGGGGAGUUUUGCAAUAAGCGGCAGAAUUGUUUCCUUCUUUGCGAAUCAUUUCAUAUACUGUAUGAAAUAACUGCAGCGCUGUAGAGAAUUAUGAAAUGUUAACGGGUUUAAAAAAAAAAAUAAACACUCGAACAUAAAAGGGUUUAUGCAGUGCGAUUCCUGGGUUCGUGUUUGCAUUCAUUUUGAACUCAUUGAAUUUGAAAUGCAACAAUGCGAAGGCGUGGUUUACAACGUUACGAUGUGUCAAGCGUGCAGGCAUUGUGCAGAACAAAAUCUGUGAGAAGUCUUUACAGUGAUUGGCAGCUGUUCAACCUCGAGAGUUGAUUUCGUUAGACUUUGCGUGAUAAUCAUUGAUUUGUCCAGAUAUGUAACUGCCUGGGUGACUCCUUGGCAGAAAUCUGUUUCUGUUUAUUUUGCUGUAGGUCAUUAAGUUGCAGGCGAAGCAUCAUUAUUGGAUCGUAAGAGAUGUUGUCUGGACAGUGAUGUGGCAUUAAACCAAAGUUGCUUCUUCUCCUGUGGACAUUAUUAAUGUUUCCACAGCACAUGCUGACUAGUUGCUAACCAAACAUGGUUAAUAUUACAACCUCAGCCCAAGGGGACUUACCAUUUACACUGAGACUUUACCAUCUUCCGUGCCUAGAUCAUUAGAAAUCCAUGCAAAGUAAAGUAUUUAUUGGUAAUUAUAGGCCAGCCAUUGUAACAGCAAUACAUGAAUCACACUGGAAUAUUUCAUAGUGCAAGAGUCAUUAGAUGAUCUUAUAAACUGGGAGAAAAUGGGUACAUUAUUCAAGGGGUUGCUCGCAACUCGCAAAAAUACAUCUUUUACCAGCCCAUGCUCACAUUUUUGUUUGCACAUUUACACGAGGUCACCUAAUAGUUUUGACAUAUGCAAACUGCAAAGUAAAUCGUCGAAUGCCUAUUUAUUUAUUUAUGUUCAUUUGAAUGUGUCCCACAGUUACGCCCAGUUUUAUUCGUCAUGUUCGUCGUUAAAAAAAAAAAUCGGUGAAAACUCUUCGUGUAAAUCCAGUUAAAUAAUGUGCCAACUUUAUUUAAAUAAUCUGUUUCACGUCACCUAACAGGUCACUCAAAGCAACGAUCCCAAAAAAAGAAAAGGUUACAUAUUUUCUACACAAACUCUGUGUUCAUCUCUUGUUGACUGUUGAGAAAUAAAACAAAUAAAAUAUUUCAUUUUAAA